UUGUGAAAGAUAUGGCGAGUCAUCUUAAGUAUUCCAUCUUUUUUCUGCUAUGUGCUUCUACAAUAGUAGCCGACUCUACCCAACUAGAAUCUUCUCACAAGAGCAGGACAUCUUACUCUUCGUCCUACUAUCCACGGCCACAAGACUUCCCAAAUGAGCGGCUUUACAAUGCCUACUUCGUUAUCCAGCGCUUCAAGCAUACAAUCUCAUGCGAUCCCAGGAACAUCAUCUCCAGUUGGAACGGCCCUGAUAUAUGUGGCGAGAAGAACUACCACGGUUUCUACUGCACGGCGCCAACUGGGCACGGAGGGAACCUCACGGUCACCUCCAUCGUGUUCCAUGGUUUUGGUCUGUGCGCCCCGAAGCUGCAAGGCUUCAUCGACCAGUUCCCCGAUCUUGCUCUCUUCCAGGCAAGUUCAAACAAGUUGAGCAGCGAUAUCCCCCGUCUUAACGGGCUUCCCUACAUGUACAGCCUCACUGUCGAAAGUUCCCUCCCAAUGUAUAAAUCCGAUGACGGGGGACGACAUUGUAAUUAUGCUGAUAUCCUCGAGCUCAUCAAGACACAUCAACCUAUAUGCUUCAUGUACUAUCCUAAUGGCAUCGAGAAGGCAGAAGAAAUCGCCGGCGCCACGAAUGCUCAGGCGCUUCUGCUCAACAGCAACAGCCUAUCGGGGCCGCUUCCAGCGGACCUUGGCUUCUCCAAGGUGAGCUACCUCGCGCUCGCCAACAACAAGCUCACCGGGCCAAUCCCGCCAUCAAUCGCGCACAUGCAAGACUCCCUCCUCGAGGUGCUCCUCCUCAACAACCAGCUCUCCGGCUGCCUCCCCCACGAGCUGGGCAUGCUCACCAAGACAUCCGUCAUCGAUGCCGGCAUGAACCAGCUCACCGGCCCGAUCCCGUCAUCGUUCUCCUGCCUCAGCAGCGUCGAGCAGCUUAACCUCGCCGGCAACCGCCUCUACGGGCAGGUCCCCGACGCGCUCUGCAGUCUCGCCGGCCCGGCCGGCCGCCUCGCCAACCUCACGCUGUCGAGCAACUACUUCACCUCCGUCGGGCCGGCGUGCUCGGCGCUGAUCAAGGACGGCGUGCUGGACGUGAAGCGCAACUGCAUCCCCGGCUUCGCCAACCAGAGGGGCCCGGCGGAGUGCGCCUCGUUCCAGAGCCAGCCCAAGACGUGCCAGGCGUCGAGCGCUCCAGUGGCGUGCCCCGCUGCCGCCGACGACGCCAAGAAGAACGCGGCGGCGCCGGUGGUGAAGGUGGCCCGUGAGUACUCCAGCUACGUGACCUACGCCACUCUGCAUGAGUGAGUGAGGGGCCACACCGCAUGCAGUGGAAGACACCGCGACCUCUCGUCGCUAUUUGCUUUGUACUCUUGUAUGUGUUUGGUGUGCAUGUGAUUGCUCUUUGUAUUCUUUGUACGUGCGUGUGUCGGGGCUAGAACUAGAUCUCGCCUCUUGUACUCUACCGUCAUUUUGUAGUGGUAACCAAAUUUGGAUUGUAUCUUGCAUGUUUUAAUUAUAUUGAUGAUUGAAUUAUGUGGA